CGCGCCACCCCUUGUUUCCCUCCCCGGGCCGCAGGAGAAACAGUGCCCUCUCCCUUCUUGACCCCUGGCCCUUCCCUCCCUCCUUCCCUCUUGCCACCGCUGCUUCUGGCGCUGCCGCUCCCGGAGGAGCUCCCGUCACGGUGAUGGGGUCUCGGGCUUCCACGUUACUGCGGGACGAAGAGCUCGAGGAGAUCAAGAAGGAGACUGGCUUUUCCCACAGUCAGAUCACGCGCCUGUACAGCCGCUUCACCAGCCUGGACAAAGGGGAAAACGGGACUCUCAGCCGGGAAGAUUUCCAGAGGAUUCCAGAACUUGCCAUCAACCCACUGGGGGACCGGAUCAUCAAUGCCUUCUUUUCAGAGGGAGAGGAUCAGGUAAACUUCCGAGGAUUCAUGAGAACAUUGGCUCAUUUCCGACCCAUUGAGGAUAACGAAAAGAGCAAAGAUGUGAAUGGCCCGGAACCCCUCAACAGCCGGAGCAACAAGCUGCACUUUGCUUUCAGACUCUAUGAUUUGGAUAAAGAUGACAAGAUCUCCCGUGAUGAGCUGUUACAGGUUCUGCGGAUGAUGGUUGGAGUGAAUAUCUCAGAUGAGCAGCUGGGCAGUAUUGCGGACAGGACCAUCCAGGAGGCUGACCAAGAUGGGGAUAGUGCCAUAUCUUUUACUGAAUUCGUUAAGGUUUUGGAGAAAGUGGAUGUAGAACAGAAGAUGAGCAUCCGAUUUCUUCACUAAAGGACAGAGACCAAAUUAUUCUUGCUUUCUAGUAUUUAAGAACUGAAACUUCUGUCCUCCAGCCCAACCCCAUCCUGUCAUCCCCUUUUCCCAGAAUACUACAGCUCUUGCAUGACAACCUGAAGUCUCUCCUGUCCAUACANACUUGCCUUUGGUGUAUAAACAGGGCGUUACAGAAUGGUGCCCUCUGUCUACUUGUGUUCAGUAUCCACCCACCGGGUCCUUAGUUGUCAGUACNAUCUUCCCCUGUCUGCUGCUGAGUGCCAUGCAUCCAUCCUGUCUGGGGAAAUGAACCAGCCAGCAAAGCUCCCACUGGANGGGGACCAUAUCCAUGCUGCCUUCCCUGCAUCAAGCCUCCACCAUGUUUCUGUGACCUUGUGUCCUAUUGUCCUUGUGUCUGUUACUUCCUACCUCUCAAUCAUCCAACCUUCUCUCCAUUCAGUCUUUCAGCUGCCCUCCUGUCGUUGAGAUUCCCUGCAUUCUACUUGAUUCUGGGCUCUGGGCUCUGCUGUUAAGCCUGUUUCUGAUGUGGCAGGAUAGUCAGUGGUCUGGUGAGUUCUAUCUACCUUCUGAUGUGUCUCUGGGACNUGGUUACCUAUCCAGGAGCUUCUCAGCAAGCAGUACUGCUCUUGGAAGCAUGUGACUCCCUUGGGCCCCUGUAUUGCUCUGUUGUUGAAGGGCUUANGAGCAGACAUGUUCUUAAUAGGUGGUCAUGGUGAGGCUUGUAGAGCCAUGUCUUCUAGGUGGCUUCCCAGGUCUCUCUACCUCUGACUUUUUCAUUUCAAACAUAUUUAUGUGGCUUUUCUGGGUACAGUGUUGACAUUCAGAAAAUAUUCUAAUGCCUGCCAGUUUGCUUCUCUUUGGGACAUUGUCACCANCCAUGUGGCUCUUCUGACAAUAUGGUAGANGGCCUUCCUGUAGUUUUCUGAUCAAGGGCAGGCACCCUGGAGAGCUGGCCACACUUGCUCUACAGCAUGGGCUAUGCCUCAGUGUUCUGUACACUGGAAGACUCUUCACAUGUCCAAACAGAAAGACUAGUGCUANAGAAGUGCCUGACUUACCUCAGUCCUAAAGAAUUAGAUUGUCCUCAGUGUCUUAAAGUUUUGCACAAAACUCUGAAUGAAUUUUAUACUUGGCAAAUUUUAAUGCUGGAAGAUGUGUAGUCAGUUCAUAAUCCUGGUCCAGGCCUUGAGUGUAUUGUCUCACGAGCUUCCUGAUGACAUGACGUCCUAGCUCCCUGUGUAUGCUACACAGGUCCCUGAGAAGCAUGGGGACAAGGAUUGGUGGCACCAACUGAGGUGACAUUAGAGGUCUUUGAGUGACCCAGCUCAACUUCUCUGCCAAUGUCAGCUUGAUUUANAUUUCACUGAAUCAGGCUGCUUCUGUCCUGUGUCCCUGUGAAUCUGCUUUUGGCUGACUUUCUCUGAUGUUGCUUCCUUGCUUGCUUGCUUCGUUGCUUUGGAAGGAUAUCCAAGAUGUGUNAACAAUUCUUUAGUAAAUAAAUUGCUAUUAACCCAAACAAACAAAAACACUGCAAAGAGGAUGGGUAAAGGUGAGCAGCAGGGGAGUGGCUGGNAUCGAUGACUGGGGCUACAGGAACUGGGGAUUCUUUACGAAAUAGCUGUCAGACUUUGUGAUCAAAUGAUGUGAUAUAAGAAUUGUAUAAAGGGAAUAAUUGUCUGAUAUUGAUUUGUUUGAGAAGUACUUGAGAAGCUUCUUGAUUUAAAUAUUUAAACUUUCUAAGAUUAUGCCCCCCUUGGCUGUGUAUAGCAAACUGUUUUUAUCCACAGUUGUGCCUUAUUGUCCCAUUAAAAUUGUAUUCCUCAAUUCAUCAAUAAAUUAAUUGUCGUUAAAACAAAA